UUUUUAGGGGGAAACCUCAGGAAAUCCGUGGCUGAGGACAACGGUCAACUCCUGUUUCGGCUUCCCAGCACUUGACUAAGCAGCCGAAACAAAAAGAAGUGACAAAAAAGAAUAACACACAGAGCUUUUAUGUGCUUGCUGAUGACGGCUUGGUUAGGGGCAGAUUAUCCUUCCAGAAACGCAACCAAGUUUACAAUUCAGCCAAAGUACUUCUUUUCAGAUGACAAACACCUGUAUGCAGAUCCCUCCUGUGCAGCCAUAUAUGGAAAGCGGAGAAGCGGAUUAUAGCUAAGGCACAAGGCAAAGUUCAUCUUCUGUAAAGAGUAAAAAAAAAAAAAGACCUUUGCAGUAAGCAGCUCCCUCCCUGCCUCCUGCUGCACCUUCUCACAGACAGAUCUACUGGCCACCAUUUAACCAAUCAACACCAGGUUCAUUACAGAAAGGGACAACAUGCCAGGAGUUAAAACAAAGGUUUCAAAAGUACUCAACAAGACCACCCCCGGCUUGCAGAUAUGGAGGAUAGAGGACAUGGCAAUGGUCCCUGUACCUCCAAAAUCCUAUGGGAACUUCUUUGAAGGAGACAGCUACAUCCUUUUAUCAACUCACAAAACUGGCAAUAAUUUCACAUAUGAUAUUCACUACUGGCUGGGCAAAGUCUCCUCUCAGGACGAGCAGGGAGCGGCUGCCAUCUACACCACCCAGAUAGACGAUCACCUGGGAGGGGUGCCUGUACAGCACCGGGAGGUGCAGGGCAGUGAGAGCGAGGUCUUCAGGGGAUACUUCAAGCAAGGCAUCAUCUACAAACAGGGUGGGGUAGCCUCUGGAAUGAAGCAUGUGGAAACCAACACCUACAAUAUCAAGCGCCUGCUGCAUGUCAAAGGCAAAAAGCACGUGGUUGCAGGAGAGGUUGAGGUGAGCUGGAACAGCUUCAAUAAGGGCGAUGUGUUCUUGCUCGACCUGGGGAAUGGGAUCAUUCAGUGGAAUGGACCUGAAAGCAACCGCAUGGAGAGAAUCAAGGGGAUGAACCUGGCUAAGGAUAUCCGGGAUCGGGAGCGCGGCGGGCGGGCGAAGGUGGCAGUGGUGGAUGGGGAGAACGAGAGAGACUCCCCGGAGCUGAUGAAACUCCUGAAUGAAGUUCUUGGUGAAAGGAAGGCCAUUAAAGCAGCCAUCCCAGAUGAGGUGGUAGACAACAAGCUGAAAACAGCUGUCAAGCUCUUCUCUGUUUCUGACGCAGACGGGAAUCUGGUGGUGCAGGAAGUUGCUGUGAGUCCUCUAACGCAGGACCUUCUGAAUCAUGACGACUGCUACCUCUUAGACCAGGGUGGAAUCAAGAUAUUCAUGUGGAAAGGGAAGAACGCUUCCAAGAAGGAGAGGUCAGAAUCCUUGGUUAGGGCAGAGAAUUAUAAAAAAGCAAAAGGCUAUCCAUCUUCCACCAAUGUGGAAACUGUGAAUGACGGCUCAGAGUCUGCUAUCUUUAAACAGCUCUUCCAAAAGUGGACAGUGAAGGCGCAAACAGUGGGCACUGGACGAACACAUAGUGUGGGAAAGAUUGCUAAAGUGGAGCAGGUCAAGUUUGACGCAAUGUCCAUGCAUGCAAAGCCAGAGGUGGCAGCGCAACAUAGGAUGGUGGAUGAUGGAACAGGAGAAACUGAGGUGUGGAGGAUAGAGAAUCUGGAGCCCGUCCCUGUGGAGAAAAAAUGGCUUGGCCAUUUUUAUGGAGGGGACUGCUACCUCAUUCUAUACAAGUACCUGGUCAACAACAAAGAGAACUACAUUCUUUACAUCUGGCAGGGUCGCAACGCCAGUCAGGACGAGAUCACUGCCUCAGCCUUCCAGGCUGUGAUACUUGAUCAGAAAUACAAUGGGCAGCCUGUUCAGGUCAGAGUACCAAUGGGCAAGGAACCCCCUCACCUGAUGGCUGUCUUCAGGGGAAAGAUGGUGGUUUAUGAGGGCGGUACCUCGCGGAGUGGACCCACAAAACCAGAGCCAGCUGUGAGGCUCUUCCAUGUCCACGGAACCAAUGAGCACAACACUCGCACCAUCGAGGUACCCGCCCGCGCCUCCUCUCUCAACUCCAAUGACGUCUUUGUGCUCAAAUCUGACGCCUGUUGCUACCUCUGGUAUGGGAAGGGGUGCAGUGGGGAUGAGAGAGAGAUUGCAAAAUCUGUGGCUGACAUCAUCUCCAAGAGAGAGAAGGUGGUUAUUGCUGAAGGCCAAGAGACUGCAGAUUUCUGGGUAACCUUGGGUGGAAAAGCUCAGUACGCCAACAAUAAAAGGCUUCAAGAGGAGCAGCUCGACAUCACUCCCCGCCUCUUUGAGUGCUCCAAUCAGACAGGGAGGUUUGUUGCCACAGAGAUAACAGACUUUAAUCAGGAUGACCUGGAUGAAGAUGACGUGAUGCUGCUUGACACUUGGGACCAGGUGUUCCUGUGGUUGGGCAAAGGGGCCAAUGAGACAGAGAGGAAGGAGGCUGUGACUACAGCACAGGAGUACCUGAGAACUCACCCAGGAGGCCGAGACACCGGAACUCCCAUCAUCCUGGUCAAGCAGGGCUUCGAGCCCCCUACGUUCACUGGCUGGUUCCUGACCUGGGAUCCCCACAGGUGGAGUGACGGGAAAUCCUAUGAGGAGUUGAAGGCGGAGCUGGGGGAUGCCAGUGCCAUUGUGGAAAUCAAAGCGAACCUGAAUAAUUCUAAAAAGGACACCCUGGCAGUGCAGCUGGGCCCCUUGCCAAUCUUCCCUGCUGAGCAGCUGGUCAACCGCCAGGCCGAGGAGCUUCCUGAAGGAGCAGACCCUUCCAGGAAGGAGGAACACCUUUCAAAUGAAGACUUUGCUGAAAUUUUCGGAAUGUCCCAUCCUUCGUUCUGCUCCCUGCCUCUCUGGAAACAACAGAACCUGAAGAAAGAAAAGGGCCUUUUCUAGAAAAUAUAUAUAAAUAGAUAUGUCUUUGCAAUUCAAGGGCAGAUGUCUUUAAAAGGCCAAUACCAUGCCAGCUCUAUUGUUCUGUUAGAGAGUGCCUCCGUAGGGAAUAGGAAGAUUUCCUUUAGAAACCAUAUCCUUGGUCCCCCUUUAUUGUGAUGGAAGUCUUUUGCCCCUUUGUUUUACAACAAUAUAGUUAAAAAAGACUGUGCUUCCUGGUACUCAGUUAUUUCCCGUGUGUUUCAGCUAAUUGAGUUGGACCGUUGGAAUAUUGAUCAGAAACUAACUUUUAAUUUGUAUUUGAAAUAUCCUGAAUUAAAGUAGAACCAACCAAGAAAGAACCAAAAGACUCUCAAAACAAAAAAGGGGUAACCUGUCACAAUCAUUUAUAAGCGCUACAAUCAUUUUAAACACAGCCAGCUGAAUAGACAACUCAGAAUUGAACACUCCUUUUUUACUAAUUAGUUAUUACAGCUCUCAAUUCAGUGUGAAAUGUGUUCCUGAACAGGAGUUUGCUUGCUGUUUCAGUGUACUGUACGUACAGCACUGUAGAGUCUUGGUAUCUAAUCAUUUCUUGUGCUGUCGGUUCUAGUUAUACAGGUCCUUUGGAGUAAAUGAAAUAAAGGAAACUCAUUUAUUCAGGUUAGGGGGGCUUAAUUGACAUCUUUAAAAUCUUAAAAGGAGUUGGCAAAGUUAACCUGUAACUAAUGGUUUAAAUACAGCACAGAAACCAGUACCAGAGGACACUGUUGUGAAUUCAGUGGAUAUACAACUAGGAUAGGGUAGGAGACAGUGGUGAGGGUAUAGGAUGGGUUGCCUAGCCUUGUUGUUGAUGCUAAAUAAUGGAAUCCUUUAAGAACUGAUUUGUUUUGAGAUGAAUCAGCUACUAGGAACCAGACGAGCAUUAACCAAAUGGCCAUUCUUUUGUUCUUAAAGCAGAACUGAAAUUCAUAAUGUGAUUAGGUACUAGGAAACAAGAGCAACUAAAAUAUGCUGUGUUCUAAUUAAAAAAAAGAAGGCCCAGUUAUAACGUUGCUAGUGCAAUUAGAGGUAAAAGGGAUGAAUUUCAAUGUCAUCUAGUGUUUGCAUAUAACAGUUAAUCUAACAAA